AUGACACCAGUACACUUCAGCUUUACCUCAGCCUUUAUCCUAGGGCUUAUAGGACUCGCAUUUCACCGCACCCAUCUUCUCUCAGCCCUUCUAUGUUUAGAAGGUAUAAUAUUAUCUCUAUUUAUUGCCCUAUCCCUAUGAGCCCUCCAGAUAGAAGCAACUGGCUACUCAGUAGCUCCCAUACUUCUGCUAGCAUUUUCAGCCUGUGAGGCCAGCGCAGGCCUAGCCCUGCUAGUAGCAACUGCACGAACUCAUGGCACGGACCGCCUCCAAAGCCUAAAUCUACUCCAAUGUUAA